GAGAUAGUGUCAGUGCGGCCGGCGUCAGCUUCAGACCAGAUCACCUCCUCCGGCCUGACCCGUCUGAACAGAGACAUCCGGUCUCACCAGCAGGAAGAGAGGGAUCUUGGUUGCCAUGGAGUCGGCCAACGAGAGCGAGGAGCGCCGGGAUCAGGCGGUUCCUGAUGGAGACGAGGAGGAGGAGGAGGAGGAGCAGAGCGUCAGAGGAGUCCAGUCCCAUUACCUCCGCUGCCCCUCCCCCAGUUUCUCAAUGAUGUCCGACUCCAGGUUUUCAGCCAUCUCCGGCUCCGACGCCGCGAGUAUCUUCAUGGAGCCCAUCCACCUGUCGUCAGCCAUCGCUGCCAAGCAGAUCAUCAACGAGGGUGAGACGAGUCAGAGAAACAGAAACAGCCUCAGGGACCAAAUU